UGGGCCAACCCAACCCAAGGCAAGUAACGUAAGCAAAACCCAAACCCAGAGAAACAAAAAGCGACAGAGGAAAAGAGAGAGAGAUGAGAUCACCAAACGUAUCCGUUGUCCGCCAAAGGCUUCUUUCUUUAGUGAUAAGUUAGGGUCUUUUCAUUAAUGGCAAACCGGCCCCAGUCGCUUUCAAUGAAUGUAUCAUUCGGAGGUCCAAGUACUUCAGUACCAAGCAUUGCUGGAGCUCAAGCAAACAAGGAUCGUAAAAUGGCAUCAGCAGAGCACUUGGUGCUUGACCUAAGUAAUCCUGAUCUUCGAGAAAAUGCGCUUCUUGAACUUUCUAAGAACAAGGAGUUAUUUCAAGAUUUGGCUCCUUUCGUGUGGAAGUCUUUUGGUACUAUUGCUGCACUCAUACAGGAGAUAGUUUCAAUUUACCCUGUUCUAUCACCACCAAAUCUGACUGCGGUACAAUCCAAUCGAGUUUGCAAUGCUCUUGCUCUUCUUCAGUGUGUAGCUUCCCACCCAGAUACAAGGAUGUUGUUCCUCAAUGCUCAUAUACCUUUAUAUCUGUAUCCUUUUCUCAAUACAACGAGCAGGUCAAGACCAUUUGAGUACUUAAGGCUUACUAGUUUAGGAGUCAUUGGUGCCCUAGUGAAGGUUGAUGAUACAGAAGUUAUUAGUUUCCUUCUGUCAACAGAAAUAAUUCCGCUGUGCCUUCGCACUAUGGAAAUGGGCAGUGAACUGUCAAAAACAGUUGCCACAUUUAUAGUUCAAAAGAUUUUGUUGGAUGAUAUGGGCUUGGACUAUAUUUGUACUACAGCAGAGCGGUUUUUUGCAGUAGGUCGGGUUUUAGGGAGCAUGGUUACAGCACUUGCUGAGCAACCCUCAUCACGCCUUUUGAAACAUAUCAUUCGAUGUUAUCUUCGCUUGUCAGAUAAUCCAAGGGCUUGUGAUGCUUUAAGAAAUUGCCUUCCAGAUACGUUAAGAGAGGCUAACUUUAAUAAUUUCCUUUGUGAAGAUCCAACUACAAGGAGGUGGCUGCAACAACUGCUGCAAAACGUUGGAGUGAACCGGCUUCCUGCACUACAGGGUGGGGGAGGAUUUGAUCACAUGAUGGUGAAUUAAAUUGAGGGGCCUUUUCGUAGCAAGGCUGCUGCCGCCACGUGUUGUGUUGAUGAAGAUGGUGACAGCAGCAUCAUAUGCAUAAACACUGUUUUAUGAUCUUAAUUAGCUUAUUGUAGUUAGUUUUAUAUCCAAACAUUACCUCCUGGGCUGAAAAUUGAGCUGUUUUGUAGUUAAAACCUUUCGGGUGAAUUUGUUCAUUUUGUUUUUGUAAUGUAGAUUCAAAUCAAAUGAUGUGAAAUGCAAUACUUAACCUUGGCAGUGUGCACUCAGACUUGUGAUGGUCACAAAAAUGGCUGUUUCAAUGAAA